GAUUUCUUUGAGGACAUCAAGAAGAACGGCAUGGAUGCCAUGAAGAAGUACGAGAAGGACGAGAGGAUCCUGGCCAAGUUCUCCCAAGCGACGGGAGGACCAGAGGCGUGGAUGAAGGCAAUGGGUGGAAUGCCGCCUGGUGGAAUGCCUCCGGGGAUGGGAGGCAUGGGGGCUCCGGCCAGCCCGAGCUACAAGCCCGGCGAUGAGGUCGUCAUCUUUGGAUUGGCCAAAGCCCCCGAGCUGAACGGCAAGAAGGCCAUGGUUGUGCCACCUACCACAGAGGAGAAGAAGACCCUGGAGGGUUGA